UUUACAAGUGAAAUAUUUCGUUGUAACCCAGUUGUUACCCAGUAGCCCCAUACAUGGCUAUGGAACGAGCGAUGAGGGAAUAGAACUGCUGUUGGGAUAGUGUGAAACAUUGCGGAAGUCCUUUUUUUAAUGGGGAACAACGCGCGCACUUCCUGUACAGUUGGUUUUUAGGACUACUAAACCCAAAACAWCGCUGUUGGCUACUGAGGUGUGUUUGCCAUUUAACACAGAUUGGUUACAUUGUAUCGCUUGAAGCGUGGUUUUAAGGACACGCUGUGUUUUGAACUGGAAACUUUUCACCGGAAAGAAGAAGAAGUGAAAGUUUGUAGCCGUGAAGGGUUUUGCUGAGCUGGUUCGAGUUAACAUGCACAUGGUGUGUGGGAUGUCGCUGUACCGUCAUUAGAACGACUACAAAGAGAAAAAGGGAAUUCGUCACAGUAGUGCAUUAUCGCCAAACUAAAACACGCCACACACACUCCGUUAAGGCUAGCUACUCUACUGAGGACUUCGGGAUGGAACGACUUCGCAAACUUAGUUUAUCUUUGGCUUUGWUCCUGCCUUGUUUACAAUGGACAACUUGUUUCAAUCUGGAUAUUGACAAGCCCUAUGUUUUCUCUGGACCWGAAGGAAGUUAUUUUGGAUUUUCAGUGGAUUUCUUCCAGCCAGAUGCCAAGCAGUCAAACAUUCUUAUAGGAGCUCCCAAAGCCAACACCUCCUCASCUUCCACCGUGGUGGAGCGAGGGGCAGUCUAUACCUGCCCGUGGCAGAAGAGUAGUGACUGUACCCAAGUACAGUUUGACAAUACUGAUGAUCGUAAGAAUAACGAGGGGCUCCAGAUGGAGUUUAAGUCCAACCAGUGGUUUGGAGCCACGGUACGGUCACAUGGUGAACACAUCCUGGCCUGUGCUCCUCUCUACCAGUGGAGCACGUACAGCGUAUCAGAGAGAGAGCCUGUUGGAACAUGUUUCCUGAAGAAGGAACAGAAGUUGUUGAAUAUUCUCCUUGCCGAUCUAAAGCCAACUCUCCAGAGGGACAAGGCUUCUGUCAGGCUGGAUUCAGUAUUGACUUUGUCAAGAAUAACAGGGUGGUUGUUGGAGGCCCUGGUUAUUUACUGGCAAGCUGUUGUCAAUGUGGUAAUGCUCUGA